AUGAAGCUUCUCCUUUGGGCCUGCAUUGUAUGUGUUGCUUUUGCAAGGAAGAGACGGUUCCCCUUCAUUGGUGAGGAUGACAAUGACUAUGGUCACCCACUUCAUCCAUCUCUGAAUAUUCCUUAUGGCAUACGGAAUUUGCCACCUCCUCUUUACUAUCCCCCAGUGAAUACAGUCCCCAGUUACCCUGGGAAUACUUACACUGACACAGGGUUACCUUCGUAUCCCUGGAUUCUAACUGCUCCUGGAUUCCCCUAUGUCUAUCACAUCCGUGGUUUUCCCUUAGCUACUCGGUUGAAUGUUCCUCAUCUCCCUCCUAGGGAUUUCCCCUUUGUCCUUCCUUCAAGGGUUUUUUCAGCAGCUGCAGCACCCGCUGCCCCUCCUAUUGCAGCUGAGCCUGCUGCAGCUGCACCUCCUAUAGCCACAGCUGUAGCAGCUGAGCCUGCUGCAGGGGCCCCUGUUGGAGCUGAGCCUGCUGCAGAGGCACCUGUUGGAGCUGAGCCUGCUGCAGAGGCACCUGUUGGAGUGGAGCCCGCUGCAGAGGAACCUUCACCAGCUGAACCUGCUACAGCCAAGCCUGCUGCCCCAGAACCUCACCCUUCUCCCUCUCUUGACCAGGCAAAUCAGUGAAAUUCUCUAGAAGAGU